CCAAAGCAAAAAAGCAUGUCACAACAAAGAAAAGAGAGUUAGAAGUAUAAAAGAAAAAGGAUAAAAGGACCACAUUGCCAUUCUAUCUUCCCUUCAAACAUGUCAUAUCAGUUUUAAGUCCUUUAUUCUAAAGAUGAUCUCCACCUCUCCUCCUCUCUCUCCAUCUUCUUCUAUGUUCUUCCACUCUCUGUUCAAGCAAGAUACAACAAAUGCACAACCAAGGAAACCUUGGUAUCUGAGAGUAAUGGAGGCCAUGAACAUAUGGAAACCCAGUACAAAAACUGGCGUGAAUUUGGCAGAUUCAAACAAAGAAAAGCUAAGAAAAAGCAGCUCAUUGCGAGUGGCGAUUUCGUUCACUCGGGUUUGUUUAUGUGCUCCAAUUUCUUCAUAUAAUGAGGUCUUUUGGGCGGAGGUUCCGCCGCGGAGAAGCAGCAGCACUUUACCAAGAUCAAGGUCAUUUCCUGAGCAUUCAAAUAGGAUUUCAAGAACCAAGAAGUUGGUUGAGGGGAGGCGACUUUUCAGAGGGAAGUCACUUACAGAUGAUGUUUUGAUGAGGAGGUUCGUGGUGGAUGAAGCAGUGAUGCAGACUAGAAGGAGAAAUCAGAUGGAGUUUGUGAGGAGGAGGAGCUCUAUUAAGAGGAGAAAAUUAGGACCUAGCCCUCUUUGUAGGAUGGUCAUGGCUGGUGAGGAAGAGUUAAAGAGUAUUUGAACUCCAUUAAAAGACUGUUUGGUACAAUAUUAUCUUCAUAACGUUAAAUGCUAUUUGACUUAGAAAA